AUGGCCUUCUCAACCCAAUACGCCCAAGCCCAACAACCACCGGUCAGAUGGGCCAAACGGCUCGACUCGGGAACCGGACCGGACACCGUAACCAACCUCCAGUUCUACUUCCACGACACCCCCAGCGGCAGCAACCCGACCGCCGUACAGAUCGUCAAGCCGGUCGCCAACGCGUCCGACUCCAACUCCUUCUUCGGCGCCGUCGUGAUGGUCGACGACCCACUGACGGAGACCGCCGACGCGGGCUCGAAGCUCGUGGGCCGGGCCCAAGGGAUGUACACCUUCUCGAGCCGGAACGAGUCCGCGAUCGUCAUGUCCAUAAGCUUGGGCUUCACCGACGGGCCCUACAACGGCAGCUCACUGAGCGUGAUGGGUAAAAACAUGGUCAUGAACCCGACCCGGGAGCUUCCCGUGCUGGGCGGCACGGGGAUGUUCAGGAUGGCGCGUGGGUAUGCGGUGUUGAAAACGGUGACGUUUAACACCACGAGCGGAGAUGCUGUUGUGAAUUAUAACGUUACGGUGUAUACUCCGGCUACCGGUGAAAGUGGACAAGUCUCGUCGGCCUUGAGUUCUUCUUCUUCUUCUUCUUCCCCGAGGAUGAUGAUGCGUGGGAGGUGGUGGAUGGUUGGCGCUGCGAUUGCAGCGGCGGCAUUCCUUUAG